UAUAUUGCAUAUAGUAACUUCUUUAGGAAGCAGUCGAAGAUAAACGGCAUGUUCAUUCUCAUAUUUUAAUGGCCAUUGGUAUCACUGCCUGCACGAGCAUUGACCGCAUGUCACUUCAAUGGCACAGUCAGCUAGUAUGGGUAGUGUGCUGGCUGCCAGUUCACCUAGCCCACCCGCAUCAGUACCAGCUGGGUCAGGACUGGUAUCUGUGCCCCCUGGGUUCACUCUGCCUACUGUCUCAACUAUCUCGCCAAGUGGCAGUUCCGCCUCCGGACAGCAGGAGGCAGAGCUGCCGCUUCCCAACCCAGGCACCUUUGAGGAAUGCCAUCGAAAGUGUAAAGAGGUUUUUCCCAUGCAGACAGAGGGAGUAAGAAUAACAGUCAACAAGGGCCUCAGCAACUACUUUCAGGUUAAUCACACUGUUACACUUAGCACCCUGGGAGAUUCCAAUUACCGAUUUGGUGCUACUUAUGUAGGCACCAAGCAGACAGGACCUGCAGAGUCUUUUCCAGUCAUGGUUGGUGACAUGGACAAUACCGGGAGCCUCAAUGCACAGAUAAUUCAUCAAAUAACUGGGCAAGUGCGCUCAAAACUGGCCUUCCAAACACAACAACAGAAGUUUGUCAACUGGCAAGGAGAUGCUGAGUUUAGGGGGGAGGAUUUUACAGCUACCAUGACUGUUGGCAAUCCAGACAUCCUAAUGGGAUCUGGCAUUGUCGUAGCUCACUAUCUCCAGUCAAUCACUCCAUCCUUGGCAUUAGGAGGUGAGCUGGUUUACCAUCGCAGGCCAGGAGAGGAGGGCACAGUCAUGUCUUUGGCAGGAAGAUAUACAGGCUCCAACUUUAUUGCCACACUGACACUAGGUGGCGCUGGUGUGCAUGCUUCAUAUUAUCACAAAGCCAACGAACAGUUGCAGGUUGGUGCAGAGUUUGAGGCCAGCACCCGAAUGCAGGACACCAGUGUAACACUUGGUUACCAGCUAGACAUCCCCAAAGCCAAUUUACUCUUCAAAGGUUCUGUAGACAGUAACUGGGUAGUAGGAGCCACUCUGGAAAAAAAGCUGCUCCCUCUGCCCCUGUCUCUUGCACUUUCCUCCUUCCUCAACCAUCGUAAGAACAAGUUCCAGUGUGGAUUUGGAGUGACCAUUGGUUGACCCAUCCCAGCAACACCGUCAGCUAUCAGAAGAGUAACGUGAACACACAAGCACUCUCAUAAAGCAGGAGGUCAAAGUGUAUCAUGUCACAAUGCCUGUGGCCCCCAACACACACAGCUCCCAUGUCUAUCAAUGCCUAAUCAGAAAUUGAUGUGUGGUUUAAAAAGCAGAUAUGCAAUUGUUUACAGCUUUCUUUGACCUUUAUUCUUUUAAUGUAAAUCUUAUCUAAAAGACUCUUAUUUAAAAAUGUUUAAAAUGUUAAUAUAAACUAGUCAUCAUCUAAAAGCAUAUUGACCCCAUGGACAGUUUUGUCAGGAAUUAACCAAUAACAGUGCUUCAGUAGUUUACAUAAUUGGAAUGUAAUUCUUUUUUCUUUUACUUUUUGAUGGAGAUGUUUUCUUCCAUUCUCUUUUUUUUUUUUUUUUUUUUUUACUGUAAUCUUUCAGAAAUGUUGAUGUUUAAAUUGAUUUAAAGUUUUAUUUCUUUCAUUGUUAGGUCAUCUGUUUUCAGUCAGUUUUUUCAUGCUUUUUUUGUACUUUAUCAAAGUACAUAUACAUUAAAUGUAUAACUUGUAUCAUGAAAUAUUGUUUCCUUUAUACAACAUGCAAGUGUCAUUUAUUCAUAUUUAUGAGUUUCUGGAGUUUGCAAUGAGUGAAUAUUAAAGUGAGUGGAAACCAGUUGAACAGCUAAAUUAAAUUAAAAGCUAUUAAACACUCUGAUGCUUAUGAGUAAGAGGAAAAACAUUCAUAAGUGAUGGUAGAAAUGACAAACUGGAAGAAAAUGUACUAGCAGUCAGGGUUACUAUAAUCACUAUAAUUGUAAUCUUCAUUGCAAGCACUGGAGCACUUUCAGGGACUGAAAAUAUCAAAGGUGUAAGUGAUGAGCAUGUUCCAGAAAGAGCAGUGAUAUGUUCUGGGUAAUUACGUCUGCCAUUGUUACUUAAAGUGCUCUGUUAAAUUAAACCGCAGUCAUUCCAGCUCAUAAUUUCGUUGUACUCAAAUAUAACAAAGGUACUGAAGUAAAAUCUGUUUCUCUAAGA